AUGACGGCUACGGGGAUUGCCGUCGGCAUGAACAAGGGCCACAUCGUCACCAAGCGUGACCUGCGGCCGCGCCCUUCGCACAUGAAGGGCCGGUUGGGCAAGCGCACCAAGUUCGUGCGCUCCAUCGUCCGUGAGGUCGCCGGGCUCGCCCCCUACGAGAAGCGCAUCACGGAGCUGCUGAAGGUGGGCAAGGAGAAGCGUGCUCUGAAGAUGGCCAAGAGGAAGCUGGGGACGCACAAGCGGGGCAAGGCGAAGCGCGACGAGCUCUCGACGCUCAUGCGCAAGAAGGAGGCCGCCGCCAAGAAGAAGGAGUAA